AUGGCUCCUUCUCCUUCCUUUCUCAUUGGCCCACCAGAGAUUUACCGCGGUGCCCCACUCACCACCACCGCAAGAACUCAAAAACCACAAACAAAAGCUCCUGUAUGGUACCCUCAGAUGGAGAUUCCUACCUUAACCCCUUGCCAGUUUCUCUUCUUCAAAAUCACUCCCAGUACACCCCCUGAAACUCUAUUUCGCUGGUUAGAACGUGCCUGGAAAGAAGACCCAAAUACCACUCUCAAGCUCAUUUGCUAUCUUGGAUUAGCCACCAUAAAGGGAAAACCUAAUAAACAUGCGUUCUUUAACUCGGUUCUUUGGCUUCACAAAUACCAACAUUAUGUUCUUGCAUCAAAUCUUGCAGUCUUGGCAAGUUUUGGGUACUUGAAAGAUCUUCCGGAAAUCUUGUAUCGAAUCUUGGUGUUUGAGAUGGAAAAUGGAGGUUACAGUCAAAGCAGCAUGUUAAAUCAAGGAGAGAAUGUGAAAAUGGUUCGGAUCGAGAAUGAAGAGAUGGAGAAGGAGGAAACGAGGGUUCUGAGGAGGGAGACAGACAUGUUUUGGGCUGAAUGUGCAGUCUUUUUUCACCGAACUGUUUCAGCAUAUCAUUUCUUGCACAAUUGUGUUGCAGAUAUUUAUGCAGAUUUGCUGAAGUCUGAUAUCGAAUUCUUGAACUUGGGUGAGGUUGAAAAGAUUAGUUUGGCUGCAAAAUGGUGUCCUUCUGUCAAUAGUUUCUAUGAUAGGAGAACUCUGAUCUGUGAAAGUGUUGCAAAGGCAGUUUUCCCUUUUGAUUCAGACCCCGGGUACUUUGAUAUUGAAAAUGCUCACUAUGUUUAUAGGGUUCGAAAUCGCUUGAUGAAAGAAGUUCUUGUUCCUCUUCGUAAAGCCCUUGUGAGUAGAACAAGGUGUGAUCCAAUCACACACAGGCCUAUUAGGCCUAUUGUGUCAACCACUGUGAAGAAAAUGUAUUCAGGGCUUUGGACUGCGGACUACAAUAAAAGGUUUAACGUUUACGUGGAGAUUGCAGCAAGAACAAUGAAGAAAAAAAAGUUGUUGCUUCCUCAUGAAAUUGUAGCUUUGUUGAGGGAUGAAAGUAGCAGCAUGGUUGCAGAGUCUAAAUGGGAAAGGCUUGUUAACUACUUGAAAAGGAAAGGGAGCUUGAAGAAUUGUUUGGCAGUUUUUGGGAUAUCAAGGGACAUGAACAAAAUGCAGAAGGAUAUUUGUGUAUCGAUGGGGUUGUUAGUUUCAGAACUCAGUGAAGAACCAUGGAAGGGCAGGAUUGUAUCUUUUGGUGAAGAUCCUAAGAUUCGCAUGAUUCAAGGAAGUAAUCUUCGAGCCAAGAAUGAGUUCAUGAGGCAAUUGGACUAUAGUAAGGCUGAAAAUAUUAAGAGGGUGUUUGAUCAAAUAUUCGAAUUUGCUCUUGCGGAAAAGAUUAGCCAAGAGAAUAUGCCACAAAAGAUAUUUGUUUUCACUGACAUGGGAUUACAGCAGGUAUCUGCUUGCUUGUGGGGCAUGUGGGGAAGUUAUAGGAGAAGGAGAGGGUGUACAACAUUGCCAGAGAUUGUAUUUUGGAAUUUAAGAGGUGAAACUGGUAUCUUGAAUUUCCCAGCAAGGAACUUGAAUAGGGUGACGAUGGUUGACGGGUUUUCGAAUGAUUCAUUGGCAGCUUUGCUAGAGAGAGAUGUGGUUCCAACUCUAGAAGAUUUGAUGAGGUCAAUUGGGCCAGAUAAUAUUUUGAAAUCAACCAUUUCUGGAGAUUUGUAUGACAAUUUACUUGUAUAA